GAUCAUUACACCGGCGGCACACGGUCACAGAGGUGUAAAAUGGGCAAAGCAGGUGGACGCUGGGAAUUUGAAUGGGUCUACAAUGAGCAACCGCAUACAUGGAGAAGAAAAGAAAUAUUAGCAAAGUAUCCAGAAAUCAAGUCUUUGAUGGGUCAUGACCCCCAGCUAAAAUGGGUCGUGUCCGGAAUGGUAAUCACCCAGCUCUUGGCAUGUUACAUGGUCCAUGACCUCUCUUGGAAGUGGGUGUUGUUUUGGGCAUAUGCGUUUGGUGGCUGCAUUAACCACUCUCUGACCCUAGCCAUCCAUGACAUUUCACACAAUGUGGCCUUUGGCAACAAACAGGCACGCUGGAACCGCUGGUUUGCCAUGUUUGCCAAUCUACCCAUUGGCUUGCCUUAUUCAUCUUCUUUUAAGAAGUACCACAUUGACCACCAUCGGUAUCUUGGAGGAGACGGGUUGGAUGUGGAUAUUCCUACUGACUUUGAGGGCUGGUUUUUCUGCACCCCAAUGAGGAAGGUUAUCUGGCUUUUUCUCCAGCCUUUGUUCUAUGCACUCCGUCCUUUAAUUGUGAACCCCAAGUCCGUGACCAGGUUGGAGAUGACGAAUGCAGCAGUGCAGUUUGUGGUUGAUAUUGUCAUCUACUAUUUUUGGGGCCUCAAACCUAUAGUGUACCUCAUCUCUGGGUCUAUACUGGGCAUGGGUUUGCACCCCAUCUCUGGACACUUCAUCGCUGAACACUACAUGUUCACGAAAGGUCAUGAAACCUAUUCUUAUUACGGCCCCCUCAACUACAUAACCUUCAAUGUGGGAUACCAUAUGGAGCACCAUGACUUCCCCAGCAUUCCUGGUAGCAAACUACCUGAUGUCAAGAGAAUUGCAGCUGAGUACUAUGACUCACUCCCUCAACACACAUCCUGGAUACGAGUUCUGUGGGACUUUGUAUUUGAUGAUAGCAUUGGCCCCUAUGCCAGAAUCAAAAGACAUUACAAACUAGGCAAAAAUGAAUAAAUUUGGUAUUAGAUUAAUUGUCUAACCAAACAUAACACAAAGUAUUUAUACAACAUACAAGGCAACAAUUGAGACAUAAUUGGGCCUUUCAGGCCAUUUAGCUUUUGUAGGGGAACAAAAAUGUUCCCAUGGUGAUCAUGAAAAGGGCUAACAAAGAGUGAGCUGCACCUAAAAACCUCUUAAUUCAAUCUCAAGCAACUAUUACAUCAUAGAGCUCAAUACUUAUGGGAUGCAUUUGAAACAUCUUGCAUUCCCUGCACUCAGGGUCAUGUUGAUUCAUGAUCAAAAUGUUGUUUGUUUGUAUAAAAUCCAGUUAACCUUCUCAAUGUUUUCAUAUAUUCAUCCCUAAAUAAAACAUGCAACUUGUUAACAUGUUUUAGAUUUGUUCCCACGGUAUACACAUUAAACUAAAAGGGAAUCUUGCCAUCCAACUUUAUCCAAUGACUGUGACGCCCCACUGGGCGUACCUGAGGAAGGAAGUGCUGAGAUGACAUGUGUAUUUAAGAUGUCUUGAAAUGCUUUCAUCUGUGAUGCCCCUUUUGAAAAUGGUUUAAUUGUGUUUUGCACUGUUGCAUAAUUAGAAAACCAUUAUUAUUAAAAAAUUUAUAUUUUC